UACCAGGAAGAGACUGACGUGUUAUUUCUGCUUCUCUCACACUGACUCUCUUCUCUACUGACAAAAACAAUAAAGAACCAGCCAUCAGUGAAGAACCAAGAGAAACACUUUACAGAAGGAUGUUUGUGAAGUUUGGUUCUGAAUAGAUAUUAGAUAUUUGUGAUUCUCAAGGGGAUUUGUUUUUCAAACUGUCGUUCAGAAAGUGAAAGUAAAGAUUAGAUCAAAGAGUGAAAAUGGCUUCUCUAUCUGAAGAGGAUUUUUCGUGUCCUGUAUGUCAGGAUAUCUUCAAGAAUCCUGUUGUUUUAUCAUGUAGUCACAGUGUCUGUAAAGAGUGUCUUCAACAGUUCUGGAGAACCAAGAAAACUCAGGAGUGUCCCGUCUGCAGAAGAAGAUCCUCAAAAGAACAGCCUCCAGUUAAUCUUGUGUUAAAAAACUUGUGUGAGUCGUUCCUGAAGGAGAGAAAUGAGGUUUGUUCAUCAGGAUCUGAGGAGAUCUGUAGUUUACACCGUGAGAAACUCAAACUCUUCUGUCUGGAGGACAAACAGCCUGCAUGUGUAGUUUGCAGAGAUUCAAAACAACAUGACAAUCAUAAAUUCAGACCCAUCGAUGAAGUGGUUUCAUCAUAUAAGGAGGAGCUCAAUACAGCACUGAAGUCCUUACAGGAGAAACUUCAACACAAUGAAAAAACAAAAGAAGAGUUAGAGAAAACAGCUGAACACAUCAAGUCUCAAGCUGAGCACACAGAGCGUCAGAUUAAACAGCAGUUUGAGAAGCUUCAUCAGUUUCUCAGAGAUGAAGAAGAAGCUACAAUCACUGCACUGAGAGAGGAAGAGGAGCAGAAGAAGCAGAUGAUGAAGGAGAAGCUGGAGGAGAUGAACAGACACAUCUCAGCUCUUUCACACACAAUCAAAGACACGGAGGAGAAGAUGAAAGACAGUGACGUCUGCUUUCUGAAGGAGUUUCCGGUCUCGAUGGAAAGAGUCCAGAUCUCAUCACAGCCGGAUCCACAGACUCCUUCUGGAGCUUUGAUUCAUGUGCCACGUUACUUGGGGAACCUGUCCUUCAGAGUCUGGAAGAAGAUGCAGGACAUCGUCCAGAACACUCCUGUGAUUCUGGAUCCAAACACGGCUCAUCCUUGUCUCGUUCUGUCUGAGGAUCUGACCAGUGUGACAUACAGCGGUUAUCAAUCUGUUCCUGAUAAUCCAGAGAGAUUUGACUCUUAUCCCUGUGUUCUGGGUUCAGAGGGUUUUAACUCAGGAACACACUGCUGGGAUGUGGAGGUUAAACAGAGUCAAUACUGGAGUCUUGGAGUAACUACAGCAUCAAACCAGAGGAAGGGAUGGGAUUUCUGUAACACUGAUGUCUGGUGUGUAUGCUAUAGUGCAUUAGGAGGGUCUCCAGGUUCUGGUGUUUGUGUUAAACGUAAACUUGAUUGUGUGAGAGUGAAUCUGGACUAUGACAGAGGAACAGUGUCAUUCUCUGAUCCUGUAACUAACACACAUCUACACACAUUCACAACCUCCUUCACUCACACACUCUUCCCUUUCUUCUGGUGUUCUUCCUCUCUGAGGAUCUUAUCGAUCAGUAGUUGAUGAUAAAGGAUUAGAGUCAGUUACACAACAAAUAUUAAUAAUCACUUGUAUAAACUAACAAUGUGUGAUUUCAUGAUUUCAGUCUCAUUUUCAGAUUGAAACAUUAAAAGUUUGUCAUGAUUGUUAGGUUUUAAACUGUGGUCAAAUGUCUGGAAACCCUGAUUUUUUCUUUGUUUCUCAAACUAAAUAUUCAAGUCACUUUUAUUUCUAAAGAACUUUAUAUAAUUCAGUUUAAUUCAAAGCAGCUUUAUAUUAAUAAACAGGAAAAUAACAGCAUCAGUGUUGGAAACUGAAUUAAUUUGUUCCUAAUGUCAGAUAUGAAGCAGAUCUUCAGAAGAGAGUAUAUCGCGUCAUUAUUCAGAUGAUGGUUAUGUUCUGUUUGGGUUUAGUUUCCCCGUGUUUCUGUUUCCUGAUUUAAUUAUUCAUUAGUUUCUCUGGUUUGGAUUGUUUCAGUUUUCUAGUGUUGAAGUCCUGUGUUUUGCCUUAGCUCCUCAGUUCUGCUCCUGAUGUUAUCUGUGUUGGUUUUCUGUGAGGAUGUUAUUAAAGAUGUGAGAUGAAGUCAAACAUUAA